CACAUCGCCAGCGUGCCUGAUCGAAAGGGUCAAUUUAUCCGCCGUCACCCCCGUUUUGUUGCUUUACCGGGGUGCUUUCCAAGCGGAAAGUUGAAGCCUAUGCGGUUUGCGGUGCACACUACACGGACACCAAAUGUGUGCGCACCGGCGUCACAGCCAAUCGGUUCGAGUGAGGAGCUGCGAGGCAACAGAAAUCAGAUUAGAAAAAAGGAACUGUCGGGGAAGGUUUAGCACGCUAGGCUAGAGGGCUAGUCGCUGCUACUGUAGCCAUAAUGUAGAGAUAGUUUGAGUAGCAACGCGCGUAUACGUACAGUACGUACACGCGCGCACAUGUAUCGAAGCAUAGACAGUUUGGAGCACAAAUGCUUAGCUUGCGUUUUCAAAAAAAGUCUAGUUUUGUUUUUAGGUGUCAUAUUGUAGGAGUGUAGAAAUACUGUUAAAGUACUGCAUCUAAUUGUAUUUUGAUCAGUUGAAAUAAUUCAGCGAAGACAGGAUUUUUUUUGCAUAAUUUGCUAUAUUGUUAUUGAAGAUCUAAUGGAAAAUAGCCUAGGUGCAGCUUUGUAAGAAGCCGUCCUCAGAUUGUCCUCUCAGUUCUGGGACAUUCACAAGGAACUGCAACCACACAAAAUACCCUUUUGAUCAUAGGAAUUUUUUGUUGAACAUUCAUGCUUUAUCUCUAAGUGGGAAAACUUAUUGGCAUUAAAUAGCUACUGGGGGAAAAAGGAAAUAUUGACACCCCCCACACACUGUAUUUUCAAGGAAUGAGUUGCAGUUAGAUAUAUUGAUAAGGCACAUUCUCAGCUGACCCAGGAUUAGGGAUAUAGAUUGUUUAGGAUGGUUUCUUGUUGCUGUAAUUGACAUGCAUUUUAACAAAUUCAGUAAAUGCAUGCAACCAUUAAAUCAGCCAAGAGCUGUUGAUUUCCCUCCAAAAAGAUGACAGACUGUAAAUUGAGGGCAGUCUUCUUUUUAUAUUCCCCAACCCCUCUAAUACGGUUGUGUAUGCAUCAGGGGCCGUCGUAUAAAACACUUGUCAAACCCUUCACUUCAGUGGGCACUUUACGACCAGUCAGGGAGGUCAGGCAGGAGGGAGGCUCAGGGUCCAAGCAGACACAACUGUCGCGCCGGCAAAGUGCUGGGUCGGUGAGCCGGGUGUUUGCUGUCGCAGCUGCUGUGGGUGACUUCCUGGGCUUUUUCUGAGCCGCUCCAAAGGAUGUCCGCUGCACGCAUUGCUGCUGAAUCCCGGUGAACAAACGGCGUCUCAUGUCCUCACGUUGGAAGGAUGGCUCAUGGCAAAGUGACCAUCACAGUGGAUGAGUACAGCUCCAACCCAACACAGGCCUUCACACACUACAAUAUCAACCAGAGCCGCUUCCAGCCUCCACACGUCCACAUGGUGGAUCCAAUUCCCUAUGACACUCCAAAACCAGCCGGCCACACCAGAUUUGUGUGCGUAUCAGACACACACUCGCGUACAGAUGGCAUUCAGAUGCCCUAUGGCGAUGUGCUGCUGCAUAUGGGUGACUUCACGGAGCUUGGCCUGCCCUCCGAGGUCAAGAAGUUUAACGACUGGCUAGGUGGCCUUCCAUAUGAGUUUAAGGUGGUAAUCGCGGGUAACCAUGAGCUGACCUUUGAUAAGGACUUUAUGGCUGAACUGGUCAAGCAGGAUUACUACCGUUUCCCUUCAGUCUCCAAACUCAAACCAGAGGACUUUGACAAUGUCCAGUCGCUACUCACAAACUGUGUGUACCUGCAGGAUUCUGACGUCACCAUAAAGGGAUUCCGGAUAUACGGCACACCAUGGUCUCCGUGGUUCAACGGCUGGGGCUUCAAUUUACCUCGGGGCCAAUCCCUACUGGAUAAAUGGAACCUCGUCCCAGAAGGCGUCGACAUCCUGAUGACCCACGGCCCUCCGCUUGGUUUCCGAGACUGGGUUCCUAAAGAGCUGCAGAGGGUCGGCUGUGUGGAGCUGCUCAACACGGUCCAGAAGAGGGUGCGACCCAAACUCCAUGCCUUUGGUGGCAUUCAUGAAGGCUAUGGCAUCAUGACAGAUGGUUACACAACGUUCAUCAACGCGUCAACCUGCACCGUCAGCUUUCAGCCGACCAACCCACCCAUCGUCUUUGACCUGCCUAACCCUUCCAGCUCCUGAGACCAGAAGAAAGGGGGGUGGGCUGUAUUUGGAAAUAAGAUUUUUUUUUUUCUAAAAAUAUGUCAAUAGAAAAAAAAAAGAAAAAAGAAUGUGUCUUUGCAAACUGUUGGUCCUCUCCAAGAUGUUGAAAAUAUUUGGAGACGUGUUGGGAUAGAAUGGGUGAUGGAGAUAUAAAAGGAGAAUAUUAGUGUUCUUUUUUUUUUUUCUUUAUGUUGGUCUUCUGUGAUUCUGUUUGCUAAACACAAUCAAUGUUUGGCAGAUUUCACAAAAAGGCUUUCUUUUCAAUUGAUGUUUUUUGUUGAUUAUGAGCCAACUUUUUCGCACUAUGUCAUCUUACAAACUUCACUUUUCAUCUCACGGUUGCACAUUGUUGCUUUUCAUCACAGGAAGAAAAAGCCGUUGCCAUGAAAUGCAGGAAUUGAAUUAUUUUUGGGAGGGGAACACCAGUAUUCUCCUUUUGCCAUGGUGAGGGAGGGAGGGGGGGGGGGGGUUGUGAUUAAACAAUCUUGCUCUUGAUAAAUAUUAGUCAGAUCUGUAAGAUAAACGAAGCUUUGUGAAUUUGUACAAUUUCUUUGUUCGAUUUACGUUGACCAGACAAUGGAUGCCAUCUAUGUUUUGUGGUUAUAUCAUCUUUUUUGGGUUUAGUUUAUAUUUUUGUUAGUUUUUUUUUUUUUUUCUUUUCUUUUCUCGUCCGUUGUGCUUUCUGCUGACAGGGCCGCUGCCUUAAACUAGCUUUAAUGUUCUCAGCUAGAGCUCCACUCUUUCUCUCGGUCUACGAGGUCAGAGAGAAAAAAAAAGUCCUUAUUUAUUGUCCAAUUUCCCCGCUAGACAACAACGAAAUGACGCAGGGACCGAAAGCUAUUGAAUCACAGCUUAAACGUUUACAUUAUAGUCCAUCCCCUUCAAUGACUCCUGAUCUAAUUUGGAAGGUUUAUGUAUAAAAAUAUGUAUAUUAUAUAUUCAUGUUGUAAGACGUCUGUAUUAAAGUUGUGUUUGAAGGAGGGGGAAAAUUACUUUCACCUUUUUUUUGAUGGUCUCCAAAAAUUUAAAGUUGUUUUUGCAUCUUCAUUUGGGAUGAGAGGAAAUGAAAAGUUUCAGAAUCACAAUCCAUCAGGUGCUGCUUUUCCCAGCAACGCUCCUGCCUAAACAUGCUUAAAUUGUCCUUUCAAGUGUCAAUCUGAUAGUUAUUUUGUGUUUUAUUGCUUUGUUUUUCUAAUUUUGCACUGUGUAAAUGCAAUCUUGCUAGCACAAAAAAAUUGUUGCCAAUAGUAGUUUCAACUUUGCUGCUGUAAAUGCUCUUUUCAUGCUCGCUCUGUCUAUCUCUCUGGCUUUCUCUGAUUGUAUGGAAAUGUUAGUCCUCUCUUUUCAGUUCAUUGUGAUAUAUUUAGCUGCCUUUAUAUGCAAAUAAAAUUGCAGAUUUUUACUUACGCAAGCGUGUCGGCAUUUAAAGUUACCAAACCUUUUUUUAAAGUGUCCCUUUUGACGUGCAGUAAUGUUCAGUUCCCAAAGAAGAUACAUUUCUAAAUGCCACUCACAUCGUGUUGUGAAGGCUCUACUUAGACACCGACCUGCAAAGUAAAAAGUUUUACUGAAUGUCAACUUUCAGACUUGUUGUGAGUGUAGAUUUUAUUAGAAAAGUUGAAUGAUUCACAAUCAUUUAUAAAUUAGAUUAGCAAAUUGGUUUAUUUAAAAGAUUUUACUUGUCUUUCUUUCUUUCCAAUCUGCAGUGUAAUAGUGCAUGAAUUCAACUUUACGGGAAUUAAUUUGCCACCAUAAAGCCUUUAAAUGUCCAAGAACAUGUCUGGGGUAUUUAACCUUUAUUUAUCCAGGUAAGGCAAUUGAGAACAUUCUCAUUUUCUAUGUUGACUGUGGUUGCUUACAGUAAAAUGAAAGCAAAUUCUAAUUAAGACUCUCACAACCAAAGUAUCUGUCAAGUGCAUAAUGUUAUUUGUGCUAGCAUCUGCAAGGUCAAAUAUAUUC